CAAAAGUUGACAUAACUUCCAAUUAAUUUUCCACAAUAAACAUCCGUGUUUUGCAAGAAAAUGCUCCGGGAGUUUUACAAUGGAUUGCCUGAACGUUGCUGAGUGGUCCCCGGCUCAAGUGGAAGGAUGGCUGAAAGGUCUGGGUGCGCCAGUGGGCGGGUACGCUGCAGGGCUGCGCGCGCGCGGGCUGGACGGCGCCAAGCUGCUGAUGCUGCGCUGCGACGACCUGGAGCACCUCGGCAUGCCCACCAUCGGCCACCAGGAGCUGCUGCUGGAGGCUGUUGAGCAUCUCCGCAACUUUCAAUAUGAGACCUCACGCGAGUGCGUGCAGCAGAUGGCGCUGCGAGUGUCCGUGGCGGCCACCGGGCUCGCCCGGGCCCUGGCCGGCGGCUGCGAGCGGCUCGAGACACAGGCGCUUAUGGACGUAGCCCGCGCAGUGGCGGCUGUCAAGGCGCUGGUAUGCUGGCUGGCCCGCUUCCCGAUGUCGGGCGGCGUGCUCCGGGACCGCGCGGCGCACCUGCUGGGGCUCUGCCUGGAGGCGGCCACCUGCGCGCAGCGCGACCGCUUCGCGGAGCAGCCCGCGCGGACCGUCGCCUCCGCCGCCGCCGCCGCCGCCGCCUCCGCCGACACCAUCCUGCAGCACGUGUCGGACUCGUUCGUGCUGGCGCCGGCGACGCUGGAGACGGUGUCGCUGCGCCAGGCCGGCAAGCCGCUCGGCUUCUCCGUGCUGCCCUCUCUGAGCGGGCACCUGCAGCUGGCCAACAUCCGCUUCGGCUCCCCGGCGCACGCCUCGGGGGCCGUCCACGAGGGCGACGAGAUCGUGCAGGUCGGCGGGCAGUGCGUGGUGGGCUGGAGCGGGCCCGCCGUGGAGCGCGCGUGCGCGGAGCGGGCGAGGGGCGGCGGCGAGCUGCCGCUGCGGCUGCGCAGGCGCGGCGCGAGAGUGUGCGUGCAGACGCGCAGGGACAGGUGCGCGCGGGGGUGGGGGGAGACGCCCCCGUGCCCGCGGCGGUGUGUAACCCGCGGUGUGUGUGUGUGCAGGAAGCUGUGCGGCGGCCGCCUGGAGCCGGAGCCCGGGCUGACGCUGGCGCCGCCCGCGCCCGCGCCGGCGCCCGGGGACUCCUCCGACGAGGAGCCCGCGUCCCCCACGCUCCCGCUGGACCGCAGGAUGUACCCGCCGCCGCCGCGCGCGCCGACGGCGCGGCGCCACUCCGUGAGCGGCGGCAGCCCCGCCGCCCGGCGCCACCGCCGCGGCCUCGAGCAGCUGUGGUGCUCCCUGCAGCAGGCGCGCGUCGACCUGCACUACCGCCGCGACAAGGCGGUGUCGUGCAGCACGGGGUUGGAGCUGUCGCCGCGGCCGCCGACGGGUCCGGCCGGAGCCCCGCCGGAGCCGCCGCCGCGGCCCCCGCCCCGGCGCGACGAGCGCCCGCGCGGCAAGCUCGACAAGAGCCACUCCACGCCCGCAUACGACUUCCACGCCGAGCCGCCCGGCCCGCUGACGCAGCAGGUGAUCCCCGAAUCCCCGACGACGCCUGCCGACUCGCCGACAGUGUUCGUGCACUCCGCCGAGAAGGCCGACCAGAUCCUCGACUUCAAGAAGUCCAGCUCGCAGAUCGGAGAGGCCAUCCUGCAGAAGAGGCGGCUCACGGACGAGAGGAACGAGUUCGCGUUCGGCGAGGCCGAGCCUGGUCCCGAAACGGUUGAGGCUGUCAAUGUCAGCGUCGAGGCCCAAGGUCGCGUGCGGCGACUGUCGGCUAAGAGUCCACAGGAGGAGCGCUCGCCGUCCGUGAGCGAGGCCGUCCGCAACAUCCAGGAGUCGCCGGGGCGGGCGCCGCCCCCUCCCCUGCGGCCCGCCCCCUCCCCCGCGCGGCCCCGCCCCGCGCCGCCGCCCUACCCCGCGCUGCGCCCCGUGCCGCCCGAGCCCCGCCCGGCCGGCCCGCCCCGGCCGCACGGGAUCGACGCGUCGCAGAUAUCCGUCCCGCUCCGGCACCUGACGCGGCACGAGCUGCGAGUGCCCCCGGCGGAGCCCCCGCCGCCGGGCCCCGCGCCGCGCGGCCCGCGGCCCGAGGCGCCCGGCCCGCGGCCCGAGGCGCCCGCCGCGAGCGACGCGCCCACCCGCGGCAUCUUCCCCACCUCCAAGUCCAAGAGCUUGAAGAAGAAGAACUCCCUUCUCGCCAAGCGUCGCGGCGUCGCGGCGCGCGCGCUGGCGGGCGGCGCGGGCGGCGCCGUGUGGCAGCGCGUGCGAGCCCGCGGGCAGCAGCAGGCACGCUGGGCGAGGCGGCACUUGCUGCUCGCCGACACCACGCUGUACGCCUACAGGAGCCCCGACGGCGCCCGCGCGGAUUGCAUGAUCCAGCUAGCGGGCUUCACUGCUGCCGCAGCAGGGGAGGUGAAGUCGCGGCCGCACGCGUUCAAGGUGUACCACACCGGGACCGCCUUCUACUUCGCGUGCGACAGCGCCGACGCCACCCGCGCCUGGCUCGACCUCAUCACCCGCGCCACGCACGACCAGCCCGCGCCCCUAUCUGCGGACCUACCGAAGCAGUACUCGGAGACGGACUACUCAACGGACUCGGACAUCGAGGCCGAGAGGCCGAGGGACCGCGACCGCGACAACAAGGAGAAGGACAAGUCCAAGUUCGGCUCGCUCAAGAAACUGACAAAUCGCAUGCAGAGGAGCGAGUCGACGGAGACGGUGGCGGCGGCGAGCCUCGACCGCAAGUACCUGCGCUUCUUCUCGCGGAACAAGAACAAACACGACAAAAAGAGCAAGCAGUCCCUGGUGCCGGUGCCGACGGAGCACUACCGCAGCUACCGGCGGCCGUCACAGUCGCAGGCCGAGUCCUCGCCGGCCUCCCCGGCCUCCGCGGCCUCCCCGGCCCCCGCGGCCUCCCCGGCCUCGCAGCCCCCGCCGGCCUCGCCGCCGCAGCCCCCGCAGGCGCCGCUGCUGCAGGCCCCACCCGCGCCGCCGAGGAAGCCGCAUAAUUAUAUGCACGCUUCUAAUCCCAAUUUACUGGAGUUCGGCAACAACGACAUCGUGGCGCCCCGCAUGUUCCCCCCGCGGCCGGCGCCCGCCUCCUUCUCGGGCUUCGUGACCCUCGAGGAGUUCAUGCUGCAGAAGCAGGAGGAGGACCGCCGCGAGCUGUACACCAACCGCGUGCUGCUGGGCGUGGAGGCGGGCUCGCUGCGGCGGCGGCUCGACCGGGUCGUGCCCGACGUGCUGUACGGCACCUCCCGGCUCGAGCCCGAGCACAGGCUACAACAGGGUGCCGCCGGGCGUGGAGGCGGGCUCGCUGCGGCGGCGGCUCGACCGGGUCGUGCCCGACGUGCUGUACGGCACCUCCCGGCUCGAGCCCGAGCACAGGUGACUACAACAGGGUGCCGCCGGGCGUGGAGGCGGGCUCGCUGCGGCGGCGGCUCGACCGGGUCGUGCCCGACGUGCUGUACGGCACCUCCCGGCUCGAGCCCGAGCACAGGUGACUACAACAGGGUGCCGCCGGGCGUGGAGGCGGGCUCGCUGCGGCGGCGGCUCGACCGGGUCGUGCCCGACGUGCUGUACGGCACCUCCCGGCUCGAGCCCGAGCACAGCCCGGAGCCUCCCGCGGCCGCGCCGCGCACGCUCGGCGCGCACGUGUCGCACGGGUCGCACGGCGCGCACGUGUCGCACGGGUCGCACGGCGCGCACGUGUCGCACGGGUCGCACGGCGCGCACGUGCAGGCGCGCUCGCUGCCGCGCACGCCGCCGCCGCGCGUGGCCGCGCGCCCCGCCCGCGACCUCAAGCCCAUCUCCGUCAAGGGCAAGGACGGAUACGAGAAGAUAGUGUACACGGAGGAGAAGCCGGCCGGAGCCGAGCGCAUGCGCCGGCCGUCGCCGCCGCCGCCCGGCCCCGGGGACCGCGACCCCACCGUCAGGCACGAUAAGGGCCCGAGCGGCGCGCGGCGCGUGGCCCCGCUGCAGACCUCGCCCGCGCCCUUCACACAGGCGCCGGACAGUGUGCCGGUGUCGGGCGCGGGCGUGUCGCGGCUGCGGCUCAUGUUCGGCCGCAGCGCGCCGCGGGACGGCUCCAGGCAGGAGCCGUCGCCCCCGACGACGGCGGCGAGCUCGGAGUGGGCGUGGCGCACGCCGCACUACCCGCACCUGCAGUGCCCGCCCACGUUCGUGCCGGAGACGUACUCGCUGGCCGCCGCCGCGCGCCGCCCGCGCCCGCCGCCCUCCUGA